GUAUUGCUCAAUCUUGAUCAAAGCUCGUCUUCUCAUGCGCUUCCGAAUCGAUCUCUUACUUUAACACUCGAUCUGUUUGUGUAUGUUUCCCCUGCAGUCGCCCUUGGUUUUUCUGCGCUUGUUCUGGUGUGUUUUGCAAAGACAUUGACGGAGUUGGGUGGCAUUUGUUAGAGUUUGAGAGGUCCAAGUUUGUGAAGCUGGGUUGGUGCGGAUUCUGUUUCGAGGGUAUUUCUCGCGGGUGAGGAGAAGGGAUCUACUAUGACGAAGGGUUCGCAGAGCCAGGCGUCAACGACGGCGUCUUCGGCCAGAGGCAGCGCCGCAGGUGCUGCACUGCCCAGAUCAGCCUCUGCGGGAGCGCCUCCGAAGGGUACAGGCGGUUCGGGCCUGAGGAGGAGGCGGACCACGUCGACCGGUAGUGGCAGUGGAAGUGGCUCAUACAGAAGUGGGAACAGCAACAUGUUGCGGUUCUAUACUGACGACGCUCCUGGAUUGAAGAUCACCCCAACUGUUGUUCUUGUAAUGAGUCUCUGCUUCAUUGGGUUUGUGACCUGUCUUCAUGUGGUGGGGAAGCUGUAUAACUACCGAACAAAGGCCUAAGCUAUGGUUAAGCGAGAUGUAUCUUAUUCUUUCUGAAAUCGUAUUUUGGUUCCACUGGAUCAUUUUUUUAGGACUUUUGUUAAUCUGAUGCAGGGUUUCCCCGAUCAGAUGUUGGCCUUGUAAUUUUCUCUAGGAAUGGCCAACGUGCACAGCAUUCGGUGUUCGACGGAGGUUGUGUAGAUUUGCGUUGCAAUGCAGCGAAGAGUGGUAAAAUAUUCACACAGAGAAGUAUAGAAAGCCAAUGGACCUUCCGUAGUAAGGUCUUUGUUCGUUAUCUCCUGAAGGCUUCAGAUUCAGAAUUCGGUGAUGGCUGAGGCUCUCUCAAUCCCAAAAUUAUCUACGAUGGCUGAUGUUCACUGAUGAACGUCAAACUUCAAAAUUUAUGUUUGUUUUAGGAACCCUUCUAACGACUUCUGAGUGCGAGUUAUA